AUGGGGAGGGAAAUGGGUCAAUCCCGCCCAUAUGCGGAGGUUGGGAUGACAGGAAGGGAGAGGUCUAUCACGUCCUCAUGCGGAGCUUGGGACGACGGGAAGGGAGGGGGCGAUCCCGAGCUCGUGCAAAGCCUGGGAUGGGGAGGGGCUGUGGCCUGGGAUAGGGAGGAAGGGGACGGUCCUGGGCUCGUGUGGAGCUUGGGAUGGGGAGUGAGUAGAGAGGUCUCGAGCUCGUCCGAAGCUUGGGACGGGGAGAGAGGGCGAUCUUGGGAUCUUGUGAAGCCUAGAAUGAGGGCGGGGGGCAGGGUCGGUCCCAGUCUCAUGUGGAGCUUGUACAAGGGCAGGAUCGGUCCCACUCUCGUGUGGAGCCUGGGACGGGAAGGAAGAGGGAGAGGGCGGUCCCAGGCUCGUGUGGCACCUGGGAUAGGGAGGGAGGUGGCUAUCCUGGGCUCAUACGGAGGAAAGGAGAAUAGGCGAUCCCAGGCUAGUGCGGAGCCUGGGACGGGGAGGGAGCGGGGAAAUCUCGGGCUAGUGCAGAGCCUAGGAAGGGGAGGAAGGUGGAAGGUCCUGGGCUCGUGCGGUGCCUGGUAUGGAGAGGGAGACAGGCAGUCCCGUGCUCAUACGAUGCCUGGAAUGGGGAGGGAGAGUGGGUGGUCUCGGGCUCGUGUGGGGCCUGGGAUGGGGAGGAAGGGUGGUCUCGGGCUCGUACGGAGCUUGGGUCGAGGUAGAAGAGGGAAGGUUGAGUCUAGAACGGGGGAUGACAAUCUCAAAGACGAUAACAAAUGA